AUGGUGGAUUUCGAAUGGGAUUCAGAACAGAUCCCCGGCUAUAAGCUGGGCCUGCACAUCUUGCAGAUUCUCUUCGCCUUCACGGCCUGGUGUCUCGAGAUUGCCGUCUUUCGGGCAGACGAUUCCAAAGUCAAUGGCAGAAACGGAUGGACAUUUGCAGUCUGUUUCCUCACAAUACCAGCAUGGAUAUAUCUCAUAAUGGCUCCCCGGUGGCCUCGCACCCGAAGGCUAGCUGAGCCACACGCUAUGGUGACAGUCGACGCCCUAUUCACCGUCCUCUGGCUGUCCGCGUUCGCGACGCAGGCUGCAUACAACAGCAAGGACGAGUGCGGCAAGGGCUGCAGCCUGAGCAAGGCCAUCGUUGCCAUGGGCGUUUUCGUAACACUCUUCUUCGCCGGCACCACCUUCCUCAGCGUGGCCACCCUGCGCUACUACGACUUCAACGGGACCCUCCCGGGCUACGAGCACAUGGGCGUCAAGAACCAGAACAUCGACCCGGACAAGGCCGCCUUCUCCACCGCGCCCCACGACGACGACGCCUACGCGCCCGUGGGCAUGCACGACCACGACCACGAGCCCGAGUUCAACGCCACGCCGUACGGCGGCGCCGGCAGCUCCUACGGGGGUGGCGGCAGCGCGUACAGCAACGCCCCGCACGACCCCCACGACCCGGAUGCGUACAACAUGCGGCCCGUGGGAGGCGGCAGCCCAGCCCACGAGAAUCCUUUUGACGAUAGUACGGCGUACCAGGGCGCCGGCGGCCGGCUCCCGUCCGGGAGCAGCAGCCAUGUGUACGCGCCCCCGGCGGCCCACGACGACUACGACGAUGACCGGCCGGCGCAGUUUCCCGCUGCUGACUACGGACGCAUCCAUUAG